AUGACAGUGGCGGAGUAUGAGAACAGGUUCACAGAGCUGGCCAGAUAUGCUCCGCUGAUAUUAGCAGACCAACCGAUGCGAAUGCAGCGAUUUUCUAAGGGGACAGAAGAGCCUGCCCUCGAUGAAGCCAGGGGGAAUAAUCCUCCUCCAGUCAAGCUCAGCGGGAAGUGGGCCCACAACCUCCAUGAUCCAGAACAUGGCUGCUUACUCAUCGCAACAAAGAAGCUUGAUGGGGUCCAUAUCUUUGAACAUACCGUCAUUCUCCUCUUGUCGACAGGUCCAAUUGGGUAUGGCAUCAUACUCAACCGUCCAUGCCUCAUGUCAAUCAAGGAGACAAGAUCAACAGACCUAGAUGUUGCGGGCAUAUUCUCGGAUAAACCAUUAUUUUUUGGUGGGCCACUGGAGGAGGGGCUAUUCUUGGUGGGCAAUCAGAAUGGGGGUGACGAUCAGGUUGGCAGGAGUGGGGUGUUUGAUGAGAUGAUGAAGGAUUUGUAUUAUGGGACAAAGGAGAGUGUGGGAUGUGCUGCUAAGAUGGUGAAGAGGAAUGUAGUUGGAUUAGGGGACUUCAGGUUCUUUGAUGGGUAUUAUGGGUGGGAGAAAGACCAAUUAAAGGAGGAGAUUAGAGCUGGAUAUUGGAAUGUGGCUGCUUGUAGCCUGAAUGUAAUUAGGCUGUCUAACGUUGGGAGCGCAGGCCUAUGGGAAGAAAUUUUGGGUCUGAUGAGGGAGAGAAAAGUAUGGUGAUUCUUAAAAAAGGAAAGGAUCUUGUUCCAAGCUCACUUGUAUUGACCACUCAUCUAAUGGACCAUGGUGACCAUAACCAAAUAUCACACUGAUCAAAUGAUCUUAGCUACUGAUUCGAAGAUUUUUUAGCUCUGUUUCUAAUCAUCUAGGGGUUAUCCAACCAGUGGGAUUUCUUAAUAGAUCAUGGUAGCGCUCAGCAUAUGAAUGGUCCAGACCUACAAGUGUUCCAAAUGUAAAAAUUGGCUUCUUCUAACUUAAAGGGUGUGACCUGAAUCAAUGAGCAAGAAUCAUCAGAUAAGGUAGAUUGUAGAAAUAAAGCUUGGUAACUUUUGAAAUCAAGUUUCCAAUUAAGCUAAUCCAAGGAAUUUGGACCCUCCAACUGAAUGGCCCACUUACAACUAGAAUCCCUCAGUUCAUCUAAGCCAUGUUUUCUUAGAUUUCAUAUUUGUUGAAUCUUUGUCAAAGUGCAUAUCAUGGUUUGUUAGACACUAAGCACAAAUUAGAAGUCUGUUACUCUAGUGGAAUAUAGAUGUAACUCAAAUUAAUUUGUUUUGAAAUUGUGGA